CAAGAUAUAUAGCACAACGCCGAUUUAUUAUAAAGAAGCAGUUAUACUAUCAUCCGGGCCAGUCAAUGCUGCAGGUAAAUGAAAAUGGACGUUAAUUUAAAGACAUCAUUUACUCUUUUACUUGUAGCUGGCGUGUCUAUCGCUUGGAGACCGAUUGCUGAUGAUCGAAGAUGCCAAGUCUACUCACCAGCACCGGCUUCUACGAAAUGUGGAUCGUACAGAUAUCAAUACGACCGAAAAACAAAUUUGUGCCAGCCAACAUGCUUCACCGCGGCUCCAUUUUCAUCUUUCAUGGAAUGCAGCGAGAAUUGCAGAAGCAUUGAAGUCUGCUUCAUGCAUCGCCCCCUAAGCAGUUGCGGAUCUGGAACGUUUCCCGUUUACUAUUUUAAUCCUAUGAAAGAUGCCUGCUUCGUGGAGCAAGGAUGUACAUACAAAGGAAACAACUUUCCCACUUUGGCCGAAUGCCAACGCACUUGUAGGGCAAAGACUCAAGGACCUUCUCAAAUACCAUUGGGGGUUCCUGGAAGCGGUGGCCCGUCGCACCACAACCCAUCUCAAUCUAGCACCGGAGGGGUACCACCGUUUACACAGCAGACCCCGCAGUCCACUUGGAAUAGGCCCAUGCCUCCCCAACAGAACACACACUCCUGGAACGGCGGAAUACCGCCAUCAAAUCAGCAACAAGGCAGCCCGGGGCAAUCGAGUCAAGGAACGGUACCACCACCAUGGAAUAACCCAACGGCUUCAACAAGUUCUCAUCAGGGACCGCAGCAGUCAUGGAGUUCUGGAGUUCCACCUAUGCAGCAGAACCCUGUGAGCGUGUCACCAUUUCCUGCGCAGUCCGGACAGCAGUCAUGGAAUGGCCAGGCAGUGUCACAACCGGGAGUGCAACAACAGUGGAGUAACGGAAUUCCACCAUUCAAUCCUCAGCAGCAGCAAGGUGCUGGUACAUUGUCGCCAUAUCCUCAGCAGCCUGGACAGCAGCCAUGGAGUGGCCAAAUGGCGUCACCUAAUCAACCACAGAGCCCACAGCAGCAAUGGAAUGGGGCACAACCUACGAACAACCAAAACACAGCGCUGCAACAGUCGGGUUCAGGAACCAUGCCAACAUCACCGCAUGCAACCAUGGAGCACUCUAGGGUCGUCAGGCAUUCCACCGCAAGGCACGCAGCCAUGGGGCAGUGGAAAUCUACCAACAAAUUCACUGCAGGCUCAGAACGCCCCAAUGGCGUCCUCAAGUUCACAAACGGGCAACCAGUCACCUUGGAGUACCGGUAGCGGAGUUCCGGUAGUGGCUCAGCCGCAGAACACAGCGGUGCAGCCGGCUAAUGGAGCAAUUCCACAGCUUCCGAAUCAGCUAACGCAACCACAAUGGAAUGGUCACUCUUCAUCAGGGCCGUGGAGUAGCUCACUGACAUCAACAAUUCCACAACAGGGCACACAGCAUCAGCCAAGUAACGGAAUGUCAUCGCCAUCUUCACCGAAUUUCUCUCAAGCGAACUCAAACUCACAGACACAGCAGUCGGUCCACCGGCGAGUGUUGUCUAUUAAACAACAGACGACGCAGCAGCUGUUCCGUCGCAGGACAGUGUCAACUAUCCCAGGAUCAGUCUCCCCAAGUUGAGUUCUUCGUACCGCAACGAAAGACACUUGCAACGUUUUAUUCCUCCAGCGGAUGCGAAAGAGAGAGGUGAAGCAUUAGAAUGACAUCGUUUGGCGUGAGAACAAAUAAAAAUGGUGUAUGUAUUAA